UGGGAAAUGCAGUUCAACAACAAAAACAGUGUGUUACAAAACCUACAAACCAGCGUGCAGUUGCAUAAGGGAAAUUAGCGGCAGUGUCCUUCGUAACUACUACGUUUGUUUCGUUUAGCUUUAGAAUACAGUGAACGCUGCAUUUUACAGACCGACUUAACGUUUUAUUCAUUGUAUGUUGCACUGUAUUUGGAGGAGCUCGUCUUUUCUUUCUGCACAAAGAACACUUUCGAGUCCCACUUCAUUAUUCUCCUGCCUGAGGAAGCCAUUUCCCAGUCAAACCAUCAUGUCUGACAGAAAACGCAAGGCGAGGUCUGCUGCUAAAGAGCCCAAAGUCAAGCAGCAGAAGUUGGCCGCCAUGAAGGAGGAGACGAAGGAGAGAGCUGGGGGCUGGCUGCAACAGCUCCUGGAGCAGCAGAGGACGGAGAAGAAGGAGAUGAAAUUCAAUAAGAAGCGCCUCCGUUUUAUUUCAGACACUGAAAAGGUAAAGCAGGGCUCAGAGGGUGUCCUGUACUGGAUGUUAAGAGACCACAGAGUGCAAGAUAAUUGGGCAAUGUUCCACGCCCAGCGGCUUGCUGUGGAGGAGAACCUUCCUCUGCACGUCUGUGUCUGCCUGCAUGUCCAAGAAUCAGAACUGUCCACACUGAGACAUUACAGCUUCAUGCUGAAAGGUCUGGAAGAAGUUGCAAAGGAGUGCAAAGCCUUGGACAUCCAGUUCCACUUGCUGCAUGGUUCUGCAGCGGAUGUUCUCCCUGGCUUUGUGUCAGACCACAGCCUCGGGGCUGUGGUGACAGACUUCUCCCCCCUCAGAGAGCCACUGCUGUGGGUGGAGGACCUCAAAAAGAGGCUUCCAAAGGACAUUCCCAUCAUGCAGGUUGAUGCCCACAAUAUUGUUCCCUGCUGGGUAGCAUCGCCUAAGCUCGAGUAUGCCGCCAGGACCAUCAGAGGAAAAAUCACCAAACUUCUGCCAGAGUUCCUUACUGAUUUUCCUCUGGUAGAGAAACACCCCUACACAGCUACAAGAACUGCCAAACCAGUAGACUGGGACAAAACCCUAACAUCCCUGCAGCUUGACAGAGCAGUGGGAGAGACAGAGUGGGCUAAACCUGGCACCAAGGCAGGGAUGGCCAUGUUGGAGUCCUUUAUUGAUGUACGCCUUAAACAGUUUGACACCCAACGCAAUGACCCAAACGCUCCCGCCCUCAGCCAGCUCUCCCCCUGGAUCCGCUUUGGCCACCUUUCAGCCCAGCGGGUGGCGCUGUGUGUUCAGCACAGUGGGAAGAGCGCAGGUCAGUCAGUCUCCUCUUUCAUCGAGGAGCUGGUGGUGCGCAGGGAGCUGACUGACAACUUCUGCUUCUACAACAAGAAAUACGACAGCGUGGAGGGUGCACAUGAGUGGGCUCAGAAGACCUUGAAAGACCAUGCCAAAGACGUGAGGCCGUAUCUCUACACACGUGAGCAGCUGGAGAAAGCAAAGACACACGACAAACUCUGGAACGCUGCGCAGUACCAGGUGGUGACUGAGGGGAAGAUGCAUGGUUUCUUGAGGAUGUACUGGGCCAAAAAGAUUCUGGAGUGGACUUCUUCACCCGAGGAGGCGCUCUCAGUUGCUUUGUACCUAAACGAUCGCUAUGAGCUGGAUGGCCAGGAUCCUAAUGGCUUUGUCGGUUGUAUGUGGUCUAUUUGUGGCGUCCAUGACCAGGGCUGGGCAGAGAGACCCAUUUUCGGAAAGAUCCGCUACAUGAACUACAAAGGCUGCCUUCGGAAGUUCAACGUUGCCCAGUUUGAAAAAAAAUACUGCCCUAAAAACCUUUGAAGAAUAUAAUGUUUUGAAAGAUGGGAAUAAAAUGCCUUACAGCCGACAUCUCCUACACCUUUACCUCAGGGAGCAUCGCAGCCUCUAACUCUCUCUCUUUUCAGCUUUUCUUUGUUCUUCACUGCUUGUUUUAUCCUAAUUGCAUUAUUGUUUGCGCUGUUCCUUUUUACUGAAAUAUUCAGACAUAUUGUUUACGCUUAUCAAGACUGUAAGCUGUUUUCUGGUAGUUUACCGUACAGUGUACUGUUACUUUUUUUUACUUUAGAUUAUGAUCUGUGGUGCCUACGUAAGUGCAAAUAACGUUUUACUUUGUUUCAUGCUACUUUUAUGUUUGAAUUUUACUGUAAACUCUAUUUUGCACAUAUGCCUUGUUUGUGUUUCAACAACUGAUUCCACAACACAUGCUGUUCUUAUAGAGGAACUCUGAUUUUCAUACCAAACUGUAAACGAUGUUAGUCAUAAACCAAUUUCUGUUCACUUAUAUUACAAUUUCUUCAUUUACUUACAGUUCUCCAGCUGUAAUUUAUCUCUAAGACCUGAAAUAAAGCAUAUGUUGCCAUUA